AUCUCUGCAAUCACAUCAACUGUGGCCCCAACUCUUUCUGCAAGGCGGCUAUUUGCAGAUGCAACGACAACUAUAUCAUGUCGCCAACUGGCACUUGCACUGUCUUUCUUCGUGACGAAUGCACCGCUGACAACUGUGGUGAUGGCAAUUGCAUUGAGCAAUAUGACAACUGGUGGUGGUGGAACAACAAUCCGCCCUUUCAAUACUGCAAGUGCAACGAUGGCUACAAACCCGAUCCAGUCUCAGGAAAUUGCAUAGUAUCAUGCCCGGCCAUGCCUUGUCCAUAUGGAUACCUUUGUGACACAUCUGGACUCUAUCCGGUCUGUAAGAAAGUUAACUGUCCGGCUAACUGUCCUCGUGACUGUGUUUGGAACUCCCAGCUCAGCAUCCAAGCAUGCCCAAACACCUGUGAAGCCAUAAAUUGUGGACCAUUGGAAGAAUGUGCGAUGGUAGGAGGUGUGCCAACCUGCAAAUGCCGGAGUGGAUAUGUCGGCCAGGCGGGAUCUUGUGCUGCAACAUGCAAAGCUCUCUAUUGUCCCCUAAACCAACACAGUGUGGAGAAAGUCCCUGGAGGCGCUGGGACUUGCGAAUGCGCUGCAGGAUACGUCGCGCGAGGCAAAUACUGUGAUG